UAAAGAUGUGCUGUCUCUGAGCCAGGGGCAAAGAAACUCAAAUCUCUCUCUGGAUUCUUUCUGGCUCUGCAUUUCGAAAUCCCUUCUCUCUUUUUGUUUUAUUUUUCUGGGGAAAAUCAAAGAUUAUCUUUUUGGGGAGAAUCCCAGAAGAAUAAAAACUAAGAGAAGGAGGUGGACGACAAACAGUGCCGAGAAAAACCAGAGAUAGGGAUGAAGAGGAGUGGCUUAAGCCUCCAUGAUCCUUCGCCGAGAUGCGUGCUUGAAAUUCCAGUUCUGGGUUCAGAUCCCGACAACAUCAGCAGUUGCAGUUCGUCCUCUCCCCACAAAUCAUCUUCCUCGUCGUCGUCAUCAACCCCAAGAGGCGUUUCCACUAUCCAUCAUCACGGCCUUCAAUGGAACAAAAUGAUAGAGAACAUCAAGAAGAAAUCCACGAGACGAUUCUCAGUCAUUCCCCUCCUCACAAGCUACGAGCUUUCCCGGAAAAACUUGUGGAAGAAGCAACCGAAGAACCCGCCGUCUGGGUACGACGCCAGCUGCGACCACUUCCUCGUGGCAAAACCCUCUUGGCGCAACUUCACCUACGAUGAACUCGUCACCGCCACGGACGAUUUCAACCCUGAUAACAUGAUCGGGAAGGGAGGUAACGCAGAAGUGUACAAGGGGACGUUACCAGAUGGCGAGAUAGUGGCGAUAAAGAAACUGAUGGGCAAUGCCAAGGCUGAAGAAGAGAGAGUCAGUGAUUUCUUGUCAGAACUCGGCAUCAUUGCCCAUGUCAACCAUCCCAAUGCCGCUCACCUUCGUGGCUUCAGCAGUGAUCGCGGUUUACACUUUGUCCUCGAAUACUCUCCACAUGGCAGUCUCGCUUCUUUGCUCUUCGAGGCCGAGAAGUGUCUGGGAUGGAAGAUAAGAUAUAAGGUGGCUCUUGGAAUAGCUGACGGUCUGUGUUAUCUUCACAAUGGAUGCCCGAGACGGAUUAUUCACCGUGACAUUAAAGCCUCUAAUAUAUUGGUCACCAAGGAUUUUGAAGCUCAGAUUUCGGACUUUGGACUUGCAAAGUGGCUACCGGAAAAUUGGUCUCAUCACGUUGUAUUCCCCAUCGAGGGCACAUUCGGGUAUCUGGCUCCGGAAUACUUCAUGCACGGAAUUGUUGAUGAGAAGACCGAUGUAUUUGCUUUCGGGGUGUUGCUUCUGGAGGUCAUAACUGGUCGCCGAGCUGUUGAUACAGCCAGCCGGCAAAGCCUCGUGAUGUGGGCGAAACCUCUUCUGGAGAAGAACAGUGUGGCCGGAAUUGUGGAUCCUCGGCUUGGUGAUAACUUCGACCCUACUGAGAUGAAACUGGUGAUGCUAACAGCCUCAAUGUGCAUACAUCAUAUAGCCACAAUGCGUCCACACAUGACCCAGUUUUAGCAAGAAUUACCGCUAACCUGCACGCAUAAAAGCACGUGCAUGCAUGCAAACUUCAGUUCCAUCCAGAGGAAUUGUCACUAGGGUUUAGGUUCAGCUGCCACAGUCUCAGCAACAUAAUCUGCAAUAUGUGGCCAAGAACUUCAGUUCCAACAACCAUAUCCCUCAAUCCGUCUUCUUGUCCAUGCCAGAAGCACCGAAACUUUGUAAUUCCAACGCUCCCUUCAAUUACAGGGAGCAUCUUUUCUUGGUUUGGUUCCAGAGGAUCAUUCCAAGAACUCUUGCUAACCACACAAAGAGCAGAAAUACAAACACCAGUUCAAUAUGAAGGGACACUAUUGGUUAGCUGCCAUUGCUAACCGUGGUCUCUCUCUCUCUCUCUCUCUCUUAGUGUCAUUCUAUUGAUACGAUUCAGCAUCAGAUCACAAUCUAUGCAAUCUCAGGCUGUUUUUGCUGCUAAAAAAGUUUGUAGAGUGACAAGUUGACAUUGUCACAUGUUAUGGAGCAGGUGGUGCAGCUGUUACGUGGGGAAGAUGGGUCAGUGGAAAUGCAGAAAUCAGGCGGGGGGAGAGCGGUCAGCCUCGAUGGAUGCUAUCUUCAA